AUGAAUUGCAGUGGCUGGGAAGUUCGAGCGCCGGUGGACGUAACGACUGCGAGCUGGGAGCGGUCUCGCUGGACAGUUGCGCAAGUGCUCAAGAAUCGUCUGCAGGCAGGAUGUAAGUACUAA